AUUCUGGCAGCCCUGAGGCACCUACACUUUAAGAACAUCGUCCACUGUGACCUGAAGCCUGAGAAUGUCCUGCUGGCCUCUGCCGAGCCCUUCCCCCAGGUACAUACAACUGUUAUGACACUAUCACACACACCAUGACUCUCCACGUCAAAGCUAAUGUAGAGAUCUCUCUCUCUCUCUCUCUCUCCUCUCUCUCUCUCUCUCUCUCUCUCUCUCUCUCUCUCUCUCUCUCUCCUCUCUCUCUCUCUCUCUCUCUCUCCCCUCUCUCCCCCCUCUCUCUCCCUCUCUCUAUAUAUAUAUAUAUCUAUAUCUCUCUAUAUAUAUAUAUCUCUCUAUAUAUAUCUCUAUAUCUCUCUAUAUCUAUAUAUCUAUAUCUCUCUCUAUAUAUAUCUUUAUAUCUCUCUCUCUAUAUCUCUCUCUCUCUCUCUCUCUCUCUCUCUCUCUCUCUCUCUCUCUAUAUAUAUAUAUAUAUAUAUAUAUAUCUUUCUCUAUAUCUCUCUCUAAAUAUCUCUCUAUCUCUCUCUCUAUAUAUAUCUCUCUAUAUAUAUCUUUAUAUCUCUCUCUCUAUAGUUAGGGGUAAGGGGGGGAAUUAACCGUUUCCUGUUGUGUGUGUGGCUCUCACACACACACACUCAUUAUUCUGAGAAAACCAUGGUGGUCACAUGGUAAACAUACACACACAUACAGUGGGCUCCGAAAUGAUUGACACCAUUGAUAAAGAUGAACAAUAAUGACUAUAUUAAAUAAAUAAUUCAAAUACUGUGCUAUAUUUAUUGUAUACUCAACAAAAUGGGUAAAGUACAUUAUUUUAUACUAAUACAAUUGCUUAGAGAAAUAGAUUUUGUUUAACAAGUAAUACUUUUUUUCUGAGAAAGGUAGGGGUAAAAAUUAUUGACACCCCUAAAGAUUCUUAUAAAUAAAGUAAUCAAACGUUUAGUAUUAGGUCUCAUGUUCCUGGCAUACAAUGAAUACAUCAAGCUUGUGACUCUACGAACUUUCUGGAUGCAUUUGCAGUUUGUUUUUUGGUUGUGUUUUCAGAUUAUUUUGUGCCCAAUAUAAAUUAAUGGUAAAUAAGAAUAGAAUAUGUUUCUAAACACUUCUACAUUCAUGUGGAUGCUACCAUAAUUGCAGAUAAUCCUGAAUGAAUCGUGAAUAAUGAUGGGUGAGAAAGUUUGAGGGUCAAAGAUCAUACCUCUAAGACAUGCUAACCUCCCCUGUUAUUGGUAAUGGUGAGAGGUUAGCAUGUCUUGGAGAAAUCAAUCAUUUCAGACCCCACUGUAUAUAAUACAAUAUAAUAUAGAGAGUACCAGAACUGAGUUGAUUUGCAGGGGUACGAGGUAAUUGAGGUAGCUAUGUACAUAUACUAUAGGUAGGAGUAAAGUGACUAGGCAACAGGAUAGAUAAUAGACAACUCCAUCUCAUACCGAAUCAGGCAUAACAACAGCACAGCCAAGCCUGCUGAUGGGAACAACUCAAAAUAGUCUGGCACAACACACACACACUGUGCCCAUUUGCUAUCCUGGAUUAACACACCAGAUCUGAGAGUUACGGACAUGGCCAGUGACCAGUGAUGCCCUGUUACAUACAGACAGACCACAUUGAAAAAGACACAGGGGUAACACUAUACCCCUGUCACACACACACACACUGCUUCCAAGAAAGUGCUCUGGCAGUUAUGAUAGCGUCAGUCAAAGUCACCUAAGAGAAGCUAGUGGUUGUUUGGACAGCCCUGGGAUCCUGAAUAGUUAAUAUAGUCUGGUUCAGGUCAGCAGCACUAUACAUGUUACAGGGCACGGGUCAACAGACCUGGGACAUGAUCUCUUCACCCAGCACCACAACAAGACCCAGGAUCAUGUAUAAAACAGUUGGCAUAUACAGUAUGUAGUCCUAUGAAAUAGGAUGGCUUGAUGGUGGCAUCCAAUGCAGCAUGCUGGUAAUGUUAGUAAGGGAGUUGGUAUAUCUGGGUCAUCUAUAAAAGCCAGGUGGUGACCUCUCCCAUACAGGGCGUGGCAGAGGUAUGUUCAACUUAUUUACUAGGCAUGUCAAAGUGAUGAUGGGGUUAUGGGAUAGUGUUACUCAUUUAGUAGAAGAGAGGAGAGUAGGCCAUGAUGCUGGAACUUACAUACUGUAACAUGUCAUAGCUAACAUCAGAACACUGGAGCUGGUCAAGAGGAAGCAGGCCCUAUGACGUAGUCCUCUCUCUCUCCUCUCUCUCUCUCUCUCUCUCUCUCUCUCUCUCUCCUCUCUCUCUCUCUCUCUCUCUCUCUCUCUCUCUCUCUCUCUCUCUCUCUAGGUGAAGCUGUGUGACUUUGGCUUUGCCCGUAUAAUUGGUGAGAAGUCGUUCAGGCGUUCGGUGGUGGGCACCCCAGCCUACCUUGCCCCAGAGGUGCUGCUCAACCAGGGUUAUAACCGCUCCCUGGACAUGUGGUCUGUAGGAGUCAUCAUGUACGUCAGCCUCAGUGGCACCUUCCCCUUCAACGAGGACGAGGACAUCAACGACCAGAUCCACAACGCUGCCUUCAUGUACCCACCUAACCCCUGGAAACAGAUUUCACCUGACGGUAAGACACACACACUUGUACUCAUGCAUGACAAAUGCAAGUGUCUUACUCAAUCAUGGGUAAGUAUAUCUAAAUGUCCAUAUUAUUAUGACAUACACGUACAGUUCACAUACUGUUCUCACCUGUGUGCCUGUGUUCCUCUUCAGCCACUGACCUGAUCAACAACCUGCUCCAGGUGAAGAUGAGGAAACGCUACAGCGUGGACAAGAGCCUCAGUCACUCCUAUCUACAGGUACGCUAGUCAACAGAAGCACGGCAGCUAUACAAAAGUCCAUUACCUACAGUGGAGACACCAGAGACACAAGGCCCCCUAACUGACUUAUUUCUCAUGUUUCUCUCCAUCCUCAAACCUCUCAUCUCAUCCUCUUCCCUCCUUCCAUGCUCUUCUCUUCUUCCCCCUCCUCCCAUCAACCCUCCCUCCCUCCCUCCUCUCCUCUCCAGGACUACCAGACAUGGUUGGAUCUGAGGGAGCUGGAGACCAAGCUGGGUGAGCGCUACAUCACCCAUGAGAGUGACGACUGCCGCUGGCAGAUGUUUGCCCGCGAACACACACUUCCCUAUCCGGCCCACCUGGUGCCCCCUUUGCCUGCGCUCGGGUCUGACGAUGAGGCCAGGGAGGACGCAGACAUGCAGGGGCUCACCGAGAGGGUCAGCAUACUCUGA